AUGUUUUAUGAUCGUGACCCUGGAAAACCACUGGGAUCGAAGGUUGUGUCCAAUUUGAGCAAAGAUAUUGUUGCUGAAGAAAGUUACAUGUACAUAGAUAAUUUUUUUACCAGUUUGGCCCUUCUUGAAGAUUUAGGCAAGAGGGACAUAAGUAUCAUUGGAAGCAUCCGUAACAACCGCAUUGAAAAGGCGCCGUUGGAAUCCAUGAAAAAGCAAGCUCGUGGACCAUAUGACGUUGUGUGUGAUACUGAAACAACCAUCGUCAUUGUUCGUUGGAAUGACAAUAAUGUUGUCAAUAUGGCUACAAAUGUCAAAAACAACAACAUUGUCCUACGUGGAGGUACGUGUAAGAGAUACAUUAAGGCAGAGAAAAAAAGAGGAUCAGUAUUCCAACCACAUCUUUGCAAAAUGUACAACAAAGGAAUGGAUGGAGUUGAUCUCUUCGACGCUCAACAAGGGCUAUACCGCUGCACCAUCCGUAAUAAGAAGUGGUAUUGGCCCUUUUUCCGAUUUGUGCUGAACGGUGGGGUUGUCAAUCUUUGGCAUAUCUACAGAAAGAAUCAUGGAAAUGGACCUUUGAUUAACUUCGUCAGAGCUAUCUGUGAAGGACUUCUAGGUGACAUAAAUCCAGCAAGGAUCAAGUUCAUGCAGAUCAAGCCUAAACACUCGAAGUCAUCGGAAGUUAGCGUACCAUUUUUAAACAAGAAAUUUAAGCUCAUUCCGCCUGAACUAAUGAUUUCGAAGGAAACGAGCAAGUACAACACGAUGGACGAGGAGCACGAGCGGAAGGUCGAGGCCUGCAUGGCUGGCGGUUGGUAG